UGUGGCACAUGAUGGGAAAGAAACACACCAUGAAAUCAAGCAGAGGUUUGGUGGCUGACGGUGGUUUGAGAGAGAAAUGUACAUUUAAUCCUAAAGAGGGAAUAGACAACCCAGUGAUGGUCAUCACAGAUGAUGCAGGCUCUGUGUGGACGCCCAUCCCGCGCUCGUGUAUCCUUAAACGCGAGGAUGGCGAGUUCUACGGCUUCCAUCUGCGUGUGGAGAGGGGCCGUCAGGGACACAUAAUUAGUCAUGUGGUAUCAGGUGGGGUCGCAGAGCGUAGCGGCCUUCGAGACGGAGACAGACUGCUAGAAGUCAACAACUGCUAUAUUGAUGAUGUUCCUCACCCUGAGGUGGCUAGGAAGAUAAAGGUAAGCGGACGCCAGUUGUGUUUAUUAGUGCUGGAUGGAGAGGAUUAUGAACGGGCUGUGUCCCGAGGUCAGGACCUGCAACGUCUGGCCCACAUGGAUGAGAGCUGCAAACCACCCAGGCUUUGUCACAUCACCAGGGAUCCUGUCUCAGGUCUGGGCAUCACCGUUACUCCUUUGGAAGGAGAGAAAGGUCGCUUUGUAGUGAACCCGGUGGCAGGAGGUGCAGCUGAAAAGGCAGCGGUGCGUCAGGGAGAUCGGCUGGUGUGGAUAGACGGAGCGAUGGUGUCUGAUCUCACACACUCCGCACUCAGCAAAAUGAUGAAGAAAUGUGGUGAUCACAUCACCAUCUUAGUGAUCGACAGCGAGAGUGAAAAGAAGUACACGCAAAGGCGGCUCCCCGUCCUGCCCACCAUGGCUACCCCUCAUCAGCUACCUUAUAGAGCCCGAACACUCCACCUGACCUCUGUGUCUGAGAGCUUUGGUUUUCUUCUACGACUGGAGAAAGUGCCAUCAGGACGCACAUAUCACGUCCUGCGUGAAACGACCAGAGGCAGUCCUGCAGAGAGGGCGGGUGUGAGGGAUGGAGAGCUGCUGCUGGAGGUCAACGACGAGUCAGUGGAGUCACUGAAGCACGAGGAGGUUGUGGACAGAGUGAAGCUGAGCGGACGAGAGGUCCGUCUCACCACCAUCACUCCCAAGGGGCUAGAGUUUUAUACGCAGCUGGGUCUGUCUCCGCUUCUUUUCUGUGAGGAUGAUGCAGCUGAUGAAGGAAAGGAGAGUAGUGUGCUGACUUCUGUAGAGGAGAACUCACCACCAAAGGAAACGCAUGCCUCAAGUCAUCUUAGACUCUGCUCUCUCCACAAAGGCCCUUUGGGAUUUGGCUUUAAAUUAGGCUGUGACCCACAGAGUCCUGGGACUUUCAUCAGUCAGGUUGCUUCUGGGGGUCCUGGGCAGAGUGCUGGACUGCUUGUGGGUGACGUAGUGAUGGAAGUCAAUGGACAAAGUGUGGACGGAAAACCUCUGGAAGAUGUGACUAUGCUUGUGGAAGAAGGAGGAAGAAGAUAACCAGAUCUCAGCUUUGUGAGCGGAACAGAUAUAAACCUGGAAGACAUUUCCCAGCACGAUGCUCCCACUCAAGAAUUCCAGAUUUUAAUCCUUGCCAACAUUUUCAACACACAACUUCACUUAGAUAGGAUGCAAUCAAACUAGAAACAAAAUGCUUCACGGCUUAAACGACUCUCUGGUUAAACAACAACAAAUGGCCC